AUGAAUCAGCAACUAGCCGAUAAUACUACUAUCUCCCAUGAUGGUAAUUCACUAAAUUUCUCCCGGUAUGAAUGCUUAAGGCCACCACCCUAUCCCUCUAAUAUCAUUCUGGAUGAUAUCCUUAAAAGAAAUAUUUUUCAAAACCGCAAAACAUUAAAAAUUGGGAAUUCAUUUUUUAUUUAUCGCAUGGUUAUGGUAAAGCAGAAUGAAAGACAAGCAAUAAAAUGUGAUAUGCCGACGUUAUCAAAGAUUGCUUCCAAGUUUUGGAAAGAAGAAUCACAGCAAGUUAAACAUUGUUACAAAGAACUAGCCAAGAAAGCACAAUAUCUUUUUACUGAGCAAUAUCAAAAAAUGCAAGUAGUAGGCAACCCACUUCAAACCACUAAAGCUGGAAGAAAUUUAGGAUUUCCCCAACCUCAAGGAUCUACUAUUCAUCGAACCAGAUUACCUUCUAUCUCAACACUUAAUCCAAUAGAUCGGUAUCUUUGUCAAAAACCUCGAUAUAAUCCAAUUCAAGCUAAUAACAGCAAUUUAAACACUAUUACUAACAUUCAAGAGACAAAUAACUAUAAUCAAUUACUUGAACAACUGAUGCUUCAUCAACAAAUGAUGCUUAAACAACAAAAUAUGCUGGAACGACUCAUGAAUUACCAUAAAUCCCGUCUCUAA